UACACUAGGCAGAAGGCAGAAACAGCUUCGUUCCUCGUUGUUGACAAGUAACACCUAAAACAAAAAACGGGAAGCGGUUUCAUCUGGAUUCUUCUUCCUCAUUCCGAUUCUUGUAAUCUCUUCUUUUUUCCUCCGCUAUAAAUUCUUCGUUAACUAUCCCUUAGGGUUUCACACAACUCAAACAACAAUGGCAGCGGCGACAGUGACCGCGGCCAAGACGGCCGACUCCUACAUUGGGAGUCUCAUUUGUUUGGUUUCAAAAUCCGAUAUUCGUUAUGAAGGUUUUCUUUUUCAUCUCGACUCUCACGAUUCCACCAUUGGUCUUCGUAACGUGAAAUCUUUUGGGACAGAAGGACGAAGAACUGAUGGACCUCAGGUCUCUCCGAGUGACAAAGUCUAUGAGUUCAUAUUCUUCCGAGGUAGUGAUAUAAAGGAUCUGCAGGUUAUAUCUUCUCCACCACCUCAAAGUACAUCAGCUGUUCCCGAUGAUCCUGCGAUAAUACGGUCUCAUUUUCCUCAACCCACACCUACAACUAUGGCCUCAACAUCUCCUAGUGCUGCAACAGUAGCAAAUGUUAGUACCAGUGCACAACCCAUUCUCCCUGUUACACCUUUCCAGUUGAAUCUGGCCCGUGACCCAUUGACAUCAAGUUCUAGCCUUUCGGGCUCAUCGCUCCCUCCUCCACCUGUAAAUAUCAGUCGACCUGCUGUGCCUAAUUAUUGGCCAACAUUAAUUGGGUCCUCAGGAGGAGUUUCUCAUUUUCAACAGCACUGUUUUCCCCCGCCGCCACAGAGUUUGGUGGCCUCACUCCCCCCGGUUCAGCAGCAAGUGCAGUACCAAAAUGUAAAUGCAUCUGUAGCUGGAGUAUCCAGCUUUUCUGGACACCAUCACCCUUUGCUGCUGACUGGUACUACCAGCUCCCCAAAUACACUGCCUCCCUUGCUGCCAACACCAUCUGUUCAAUCCAAUCCCGGGCAGUUUGCUAAACUGGUGUCUAAUUUGUCGUCUAUUCCAAUGCCAAAUAAUGGAUCUAGUGCUCUUUCAAGUUUGGCAGUGGAUCCUGGCCCAAAAAUGGCAUCUCCUUUGCCAGAAGUACUUAAUGCUACUCCGGCUCCGGUAACUAAUGCUACUCCGGCUCCGGUAACUAAUGAAUCGAGUUCAGUUGAUCUGACAAUCUCUCAAACUGUAACAUCUAGUGGAGAGACAACAGGUGUAUCUUUCAGCAAGCAGUCAAAACUAUCUCCCAUGACAAUUGAGGAACAGUCAGGACUGAAACAAUCCUCUUCGUAUCAGUCACUGCAGACCACGCAUAUCAAUGCAAAGACUGCUCAAGCAUCAGUAGUGGUACCUCUGCCAUCAGAUAGCACAGAAAAAACCAUGGAGUCAUUGCCGAAAUCCACAACUAAAACUUCGCAUGGAUCUACUUCAUCUCAUCAUUAUAAAGGUCAGUUUGCUCGGGGAAGAGAUCAGGCUCAUCGAGACCCUGCAUCCACUAAUCUUAGUUAUAGAGGCCGUGCACGAGGAAGGGGAUAUGUGGCAAAUGGAGUUUCUUUAUCCGUACAUCAAAGCUCAAGAAACCAGGCGGUUGGAAGAGGAAAUGAGUUCCCCCUAAAUGGUGUUCCUUUGCGCAAUCAUGGCGAUGCUGGAAGUCAUAUUCGGGGACGUGGAGCUAAGAUUCAGCAUCCCCGUGUCAAAACAAGAUUUAAGGAGGAUUUUGAUUUUGAGGCGAUGAAUGAAAAGUUCAAUAAGGAAGAGGUGUGGGACUUACUCGGUAAAAAUAACAAAGCUGAAUCAGAUGACGGAAAUGAGGAUGACAAAGAGAUGGAUGGUGUUAAGGGUGAAGCCAGAGAAGCACAUGUAAGAGAAGAUAGCAAGCCCGUUUACAGUAAGGAUGACUUCUUUGAUUCUCUUUCUUGUGAUGCACUUGAUCAUGAUUCUGGGAAAGUGAAGCUCUCUGAACAAAGGAAAAAAGAUGCUGAGACAUUUGGAGAGAUCCCAAAACCUCAACGAGGUCAUGGACAGGGACCACGCUGGGCUGGGGCAUCUCAAGGCUCAUAUCGUGGCAGAGGACAUGGCACUACACGAGGUGGUCGCGGUCGUGGAAGAGCAGUUUGGGGCCGUGUCAGUUAAUAUGAGCUUCCAUGUUGCUGCUGCAGGUGGCAGGUCCUCAGAUGUAAAACCACCCUGCAAUACCUAGUUGUGCGACAACUUUUGGUCGCGUUUAAUUCAAUAUUAUGGUUUAGUAAAAUAAAUAUGGUCGAAAGAUAGACUUCUAUUCGACAGACUUUUAUUUUAUUAUGGUAAGAACUAUUUAAAGCUGUAGGACUCUGGUAAUCAUAGAAGUAUGUGAUCAGCGGUAAAUGGUCAGCUGAUACCAUAACUUCUUGAGAAGAGGAAGACACAGCUGUUCUUCUACCCUUUUUACGAAUAAAAGGGGAAAAUAAAUAAACAGUUAGAGCUGCAUGAGAAACUGACUGGUGAUCGGUUGUUGCAUGAGGAGGGAGACCUAGUUGGACUUUGGCUACUUAAUUACAAUAAAUUUGAAAGAUGUUAGCAUAACAAUUUACUUCCAGAUGAUGACGA